AUGGACGAAGCAGAUACAACCUUUCGCAUAGUUUUAAUAAAAAUUCAACAUUCACUUUCGAAUGAAGACCGUCAACAAUUGAAUUUUAUCUUUGGUAAUGAUAUCCCACGCGUUUUACGUGAAAAAGGUUCACUUGAAAAUUCACUAAGUGCAUUACAGGCACUUUUUGAUAGGUUAAAAAUAUCGAGAGAUAAUUAUGAUUAUCUUGUUCAAGCAUUACGAGCUAUUGAACGUCAUGAUUGUGCACAACAACUAAUUGAUUAUACUAAGUUUACACGAGAAAUUAUACCACCUCUACCAAAUGAGCAACACCAACAAAACCAAGCUGAAACAACAAUCGGAUCACUAAUAACUAAAUCACAAGUAGUUGCUUCAGAAAUACUUGCGGAUCUUGAAGACGAAGAUGAUAAUGUGUGUGUUCUAAAAACUGAGACACCUUCAAUUCGAUUUAAUUCACCUGAACCAGAUCCUAUGAAUUUUGAUAUGAUUGAUUUAAAAAUAUUUGAAAAUCCUGAGUAUCAAUGGACUGACGAAGAUUUAAACUCACUUAAUGUACAAAAGCCUCCUCGGUCAUAUCAAAUUGAAAUUAUUCGAGAUUCUAUUGCCAAUGGUAAUACUGUUGUUUGUCUUCGAACUGGUUCUGGCAAAACUUUCAUUGCAUCAAUGUUAAUAAAAUAUUAUUUCAUUAAGAAACAAAAAGCAAAUCCAGAUUCAAAGUUUUUAACUAUCUUCUUCGUACCACGAAAAGCUAUUCGAUUACAACAAGCAAAAGCUAUUUCGGAAAUCGGUAAUUUAAAAGUACAACUAUGUGAAGAUGAUCAAACAAUUGAUCAACUUAUCGGAACAAAUCAAGUUAUUGUUGCUACGCCGCAAAAAUUUCUUAAUUGUUUGAAAAAAGGAACAAUUGAUUUAUCUAAAGUCAAUUUAAUGAUUUUUGACGAAUGUCAUAAUACAUCAGGUGGCAAUCCUUAUUGCGAAAUAAUGAAAUUUUAUUUAUGCCCAUCGAAAAAUCUGGAUCCAAACGAUAGACCCACAGUUAUUGGUUUAACUGCAACAGUUAGUGCAAAAGAUACAGUUGAAAAAAAAGAAUCAAUUGAGAAAAAUCUUGUUAGUCUAUGCAGUAAACUUGCUUGUAAGACUAUUUCAACUGUAUGUAAUCCGAAUAAUAUUGAAGAAAUUAAUCAACAAAUUCGUCGGCCAACAAAUGAUCAAUUUGAAUUUGUUUUACCGGUAGAAUAUAAUCCUAGUUUUCAUGAAUAUUUAAACAUGUUUAAAAAUCUUAUUGAAAAAAUUAAAAGUCAUUUGGAUAGUAAUGAUUUAUUAAGUGAACAAGAAAUAGGCUCAUCUGGUUUUAUUGGUCAACUUGUUCUAUUACAACAAACAUUUGAAAUCAAAGGUGAUAUGAAUAAUAUUAUUAUUUGUGAAUAUUUAUUAUUAUUAACAAAAAAAUAUUCAGCACUUAAAGAUUUACCAUUUGAUAUGGUAAUAAAUUAUAUAUCACAAAAUAUUGAUGAAUAUUAUAAGGGAUACCAACAAUCAAUACCAAUGAAUAAUGUAUUAUACGAAUGUUGCAAAGCAGAAUUAAAUAAAAUUUUAGAAAAACAUGAAGAACAUCCGACAACUAAUUCAAAAUUAGAUAAUCUAGUUCAACUUCUUAAACGACAUGUUACUGGAUCUGCAAAAGGACUUAUCUUGGUUAAAACAACAUUUUAUGCGAAAACUAUUCAUGAUUAUUUGUGUAAGCAUCCGGAAUUGAAAGAUAUUGUUAAAUCAACAUGGCUUGUUGGUCAAAAUAGUUCAGAUCAUUCAUUGACAAUACAUGAUCAAGAAGCAAGAUUGAAACAAUUUCGAGAAGACCAAUGUAAUGUAUUAGUUGCUACAGAUAUUGUGCAAGAAGGUUUAGAUAUACCAACAUGUUCGUAUGUAAUUCGAUAUGAGUUUGUAUCCGAUGAAAUUGGUACAAUUCAAUCACGGGGUCGAGCUCGAGCACAAAAUAGUUCAUAUUAUCUUAUAACUGAAAAGGACUCCAACAAUCAUCGCCGAGAACAAAAUAAUAAAAUUCGUGAAGACAAUAUGGAAAUGGCUAUUAAAGCAUGGCCAACAGUUAAUAAAGACAUAUUUUAUCGUGAUGUUGAAAAUAAAACUAAAACACUCAUUGUUGAAUGGGAAAAUGCUUUAAAAACUGAAAUACAACAAAAACUUGCAUUAAGAAAGAUUGGCAAAAAAACUGGAUUUAUACGCUGUCGAAAAUGUAAUCGAAACUUGGGUGCACUUGAAUGGUUGAGAAAAAGAAAUACAACUUAUUUCAUAAAUAAUCCCGAAUUCAUUGAUAAUAAUGAAUGUAGACUCCGCAGUGAACCGGAACGUCGUCUUGAAAUUUUAUCUAUGGGAAAAGUUAUAUGUACUUGUGGUAGUCAACUUGGUGGAUGUCAGAAAUUUAUGGAUCGACAAGACUUAGGUUUAUUAUGUGCAUUAAAAUGUGACCAAAUUAAAUUUGAAAUUGAAGGACAAACAGCUUAUAUAGAAUUUAAACAAUGGAGUAAAAAUGAUCGUUUUGAUGUUGAAGAACUUGAAGAAAUUUAA